AUGGCCGAUAUCGAUGUCAAGAUUGCUCAAUGGAAGCUUGUUGAGGUUGGCCGUGUUCUGCUGAUCCGCAGCGGUCCUUUCACCGGCAAGCUUGCUGCCAUUGUCGAGAUCAUCGACCACAAGCGUGUCCUGGUUGACGGUCCUUCCACCGAGGAGAACAAGAUCGUUCCCCGUCACGCCCUUCCCCUCGCUCACGCCACUCUCACCCCCUUCGUCAUUCCCAAACUCCCCCGCGCUGCCGGCACUGGUCCCGUGAAGAAGCUCUGGGAGAAGAACGAGAUCGAUGGAAAGUGGGCUAAGAGCACCAUUGCUCAGAAGACUGAGCGCGCUGAGCGGAGGAAGAACCUGACCGACUUCGAGCGCUUCAAGGUCCUCAGACUCAGAAAGCAGGCUCGCUACGAGGUCCAGAAGGCUCACGCCAAGGCCAGGGCUGCUGCUCCUAAGUCAUAG